AUGGAAAGCUUUAAAGCAGAGAAAAUUGAGAGCCAAAACCUACCCUCACAGGAACCAACCAAAGGUGGAGGCACCUCAUUUUUCAGAACAUGUUUUAAUGGUCUCAACACGUUAUCAGGAGUUGGGAUUCUAUCGAUUCCAAUUGCACUUUCUGAAGGAGGGUGGUUGAGCUUAAUCCUUCUUUUCCUGUUGGCACUUCUUUGUUGGUAUACCGGGUUGCUUCUACAACGAUGCAUGGACGGGAAUCCGCGGAUCAAGAGUUAUCCCAACAUUGGAGAAGCUGCUUAUGGACAGAAAGGAAGAGUCGCCAUCUCCAUUUUUAUGUACCUUGAGCUGUAUUUGGUAGCUGUUGAGUUUCUAAUAUUAGAAGGUGACAACUUAAACCAGUUGUUCCCAAGCAUGGGUUUUAACAUGGCAGGCCUCAAAGUCGGAGGCAAACAAUGCUUUGUUUUGCUCACUGCCCUUGUAAUUCUGCCAACGACAUGGCUGAAGAGUCUAAGAUUGUUGGCUUAUGUUUCCGCCGGAGGAGUUUUCGCUUCUCUUCUUUUGGUUGCCUGCGUGUUUUGGGUUGGUGCGGUUGAUGGUGUAGGGUUUCAUGAAGGAGAUGCUCUUCUUAAUUUGAGAGGAUUGCCUACUGCUGUGAGCUUGUAUCUGUUCUGCUAUUGUGGCCAUGCAGUUUUUCCCACAUUGUGCAAUUCCAUGAAGGACAGGAGCAAAUUCUCCAAGGUAUUACUUAUCUGCUUCGUUGCAAGCACCAUCACCUACGGAUCAAUGGCGGUUUUAGGUUACUUGAUGUUCGGACAAGAAUUGAAGUCUCAAGUCACAUUAAAUCUUCCAGUACGAAAAAUUAGUUCAAGGAUAGCAAUUUACAUUACUAUAAUUAAUCCCCUCACAAAGUAUGCAAUUAUAAUCACUCCGAUUGCUGCUGCUAUUGAGGAUACACGCCCUUUUCGCAACAGUUGCACAAUUAGCAUCUUCGUGCGAACCUUAAUUGUAAUUAGCACCGUAAUUGUGGCCUUGGCCAUUCCGUUUUUUAGCUACUUAAUGGCUUUAAUCGGCGCAUCUCUGAACGUGAUGGUCUCAGUCUUGCUGCCGUGCUUGUUCUACCUCAAGAUUACCGUUGCUGCUAGGAGAUUCGGGUUUGAGUUGGCGGUAAUUGUUGCGAUUAUGGUAAUAGGGUCUUUUGUUGGGGUAGUUGGUACGUACACUUCUGUGAAACAAAUUGUAAGACAAUUCUGAAAUCGUAAUGGAGCAUUUUAAUUAGUAACUCUGAUAAAAAAUUUGCAAGAAGUAGAAUUUCACCACAUGAUUCGUUUCCCAUUUCUACAAUUAUGCAAAAUCACUUUCUAUUUUUGCUUUUUUUUUUUUUUUUUUUUUUUUUGGUUCGGUAUGGAAGCACUUUUGACGAUGAAUUUGUUGGAAAAUUAGUUCUUAUUAUUAUUGUUAUUUUAUUAGUUUUGUUGUGGGUCAAGGAUUAUGAUUAUUUAUCUGUUAUGUUUAGAAUUUAUUUUCGUUUUUCUCUUAUAAAUAGGAGUCUUAUAAGUCCAUUAAAAUGUAAUCUUACGAAUUAUGUAACCUUCUUAAUGAAUCUUCUUGUAUUUCUUCGAUUUCAAUAUUCUUUAAUUUCAUAAUUCUUUUAUUCGUUCAUGGUACGCAUACUAUAAUUUUCAACUGAACUGUCUUCGGUCAAAUGUCAAUACUGCUUCCGGAUCAUGGCU